AUUUAUUUGACAUUCAUCAUCAUCAUCGUUUGUUUAAAUUUAUGACCUGAUUCAUUAAUCAACAAAUGAGAUGGCCUACAAAUCAUUUUCAUCGGUCUUGAUUUUCACUAUGAUUAUCAUCAAUGAUCUUGUUUCUAUAUUAGUGUUGACACAGAAUAUUGAUACCACAUAUCCGAUUGUAUUCGAACGUCCAAAAUCCUCAUCAUCUUCUUCAUUAUUUGGCCAUUCCGUAUUGAUGCAUAAUUCUGAACAAUAUGGUCCAAUGAUUAUUAUCGGAGCACCAAAUGCAACAGUAAAUCAACGAAAUUCUAGCAAUAAUACCGGUAUCAUAUAUCAUUGUGAUUGGUCAAGUUCAACAACCGAUUGUACCAUGAUUGAUCUUGUCAAUCAAAUGAGUUUCUACGAAAACAAUUUAUUCACCAACAAAAUGCAUCUUGGCUGGAAUCUAAUAUCACGUUCAAAAACGAACGAAUUUCUGACCUGUGCAUUUUCAUGGACAUUUAAAACUUCAGCUAUAAAUCGUCAAAAUAGAAUAGAAACAUGGAUGGUGCCAAAUGGGGCUUGUUUUUUACUUCCUGAUUAUUUCAAAGAUGAUGAUUAUUCUAGAAGAAAACCUAUAUUGAUAUUGCCAAUGUCAAAAGAUAGACCAUUCAAAGAAACCGGGGAUUAUCUUCAUGCAUAUGCUAUGGCUGGAUUUUCCGCUACUAUUUCGACCGAUCAAGACAGCAUUUUUCUGGGUGCCCCCGGAUAUGAUGAUUGGCGUGGAGCAGUUGCCAAAAUUAAUCUAAAUGAUUUUCCUGAUACAAUUAAAAUUGAUGACGGUAAAGUUAAACUUGAUUCAUUGGAAUCACUAGAAAGAGAUGUUUAUCUUGGCUAUUCAAUUACAUCCGGUAAUUAUUUCCAGGGUGAUCAAGAGAUAAUUGCUCUGGGUAUACCAAGAAACAAUUUAACGGGUUCCGUUAUUUUGAUUACAAGACUUUUUGGUCAACCGAUAACUAUUCUCGAUGGCCAACAAAUGUAUGAAUAUUUUGGCCAUUCAUUACUGACUAUCGAUGCUAAUCAAGAUGGCUUUGAUGAUCUACUAGUUGCUGCUCCGAUGUAUUCAUCAUGGCGAAAUAAUCUUUAUGACGAAGGUCGUGUAUUUUUUUAUCAAAGUAACCGAGUUCAGGGAUUCAAAGAGCCUAAAAUUUUAUCUGGGGAUUCUAAACCGAUGGCUCGAUUUGGUACUGCAAUGGCAAAUUUGGGCGAUACCAAUAUGGAUGGAUUUCCUGACGUAGCUAUCGGAGCACCGUACGAAGACGAUUAUCGAGGAUCCGUUUACAUUUAUCGUGGUUCUCCACAAGGAAUACUUGAAAAAUAUGUUCAAAAAAUUUCAGCUGCCAAACAUUUAUCAUCUUUAAACUUGAAUGGAUUCGGUUACAGUUUUUCUUCUAAUGUCGAUAUUGAUGAUAAUGAAUACAAUGAUCUACUAAUAGGAUCAUAUUUAUCAGAAAAAGCAAUUCUGCUUCGCACUCGACCAAUUAUAUCGAUUCAAGCAUCAAUACAUUUGAAUGAUGAUUAUGUUGAUUUGCAACAACCAUGUGAAUAUGACAAUGGCCAAAUCCUAAACUAUAAUGCUUCGUGUGUUCGAAUCAAAUUUUGUUUUUACAUCACAUCAAAGUACGAAAAUCAUCCAAUCGAUUCCGCACUGCAAUGUUCAUUACAAUUGGAUCCUAUUUUCAAUCGAGCAUUCAUUCUUCGAUCAAUAUCAGGUCGAUCAGAAUAUCUUUCAACGAAUAAAAUCGAUCAAAGUUUCACUUUAAUACCUCCUGAAAAAAAGUAUUGCUCCGAUUAUUACAUUGUCUAUUUUAAAUCAUUCGAUAAACUUGACAAUCUUGUUGAUUCGGUCGUUUUUCAAUUGAAUUAUUCGCUUGAAUCCGAAGUGAACGAACAUUCACCAUUGGAUAAACAAAUUUUUCAUAUACCGAUUCUGGAAAAUGAACAAAUUUCCAAUAUUUCGACCGAUCUUUACUUCAAAAUGUGCAACAAAACUGCUCGCGAUUGUUUAUCAAAUUUUAGAUUAGAACCAUUAUUCAUUUAUGAUGAUGAUGUAAGACUAAAUUUUGCUAAUAAUUCAUUCCAACAAUUUUUAGAAGGCAAAUAUUAUAAUAUCACAUUGUUCACAAAAGUAAUUAACAUCGGUGAACCAGCGUUCAAUGCUCACUUAAUUUUACAGACCAAUGCCAACAUUUCUUUAAUAAGAAUUGAUAAAAAAUGCAACGAAAUGAAAACAUCUGCAUCAAAAAUUACAGAAAAUCAAAACCAAACUUAUUCAUGUAAAUUAAACAGUCCAUUGACCCAAGAUGAUUUCAUCUUUAUUACAUUCAAAUCAUUCGAAGUUAAAGAUUCUGAACUAAUUUGGUUCAAACUGAACACCAUUGCAUCAAACCAUAUUGAUUCUACAAGUCUUCAUAAUUAUCAAAUAACCUUUCAAACAAUUAAAAAUGCUUCUUUUGAUGUACAAAUGUAA